AAUAUAGUCCCAUCAGACCGGAAGUCGAUACUGCUAUCUAUCACCGUUCCAAAAACUUAAUACGCUCACUUAGUUGUUCAGAACUGCGAAUAAAACUAAAAUAUAAGCAAACAUUUUUUAAAUUCAUAUAUUUUUGCGCUGACGCAAACAUACAGACUAUUAAAGUAGCUUGUUAAUGAAUGUUUCUUAGCCAAAUUAGCCGUUUUUCUGGACCCAGCUAUGAAUGGUUCCUGUUCCGAGAGGAAAACAACCAGGACUCGUUAAGGAAACAGUUUCUCCAGUGAGCUUCUAUAAAAACAAGGAGUCCCAUCAAGCAGUCUGAGAAUGGGGUGCCAUUACUUUUGAAACCGGUGUUUUUGAGGAAAAACCUGCACUGCAACCAAAAUCUUGGUGCACAUACGCUUAAGCUUGUUACUUGGGAAGACGGUUAUGGCUGAUGAAAACACUCACCUUUGCUCUAACUGCAAACAUGACAUUCCUGAAGCCAACUUCACCACGCAUGAGAUCCACUGUCGCCGUAAUAUCGCCCUGUGUGACGUGUGCCAGGAGCCCGUUCCCCGAGCUCAGCUGCUGCAACAUAAAGAGCAGGAGCAUUCACAGGAACUUUGUAAAUGUGGCCUGAAGAUUGAAAAGAGGCUUCUGGAGACUCAUCAGAGUUUGGAGUGCAGUCAGCGUCUGGUCCCGUGUCAGUACUGUGAGCUGGAGCUGGUCUUUAGCCAAGCCGUAGAGCAUGAGGAGUACUGCGGGACGCGCACCGAGCCCUGCCCCGUGUGCAAGUGCAACAUCAUGCUGAGGGAGAAAGCCAUCCAUCCGGCCCUGUGUGGAAGCCUCACACCUCCCCAGGACAGGAGGAUGACCUCCCAGUCUCCUGGAGCAUGGUUUGAGACACAGUCCAUCCACAACUUAUUGAGAGGACAAGAAAGGAGCAACAAUUAUAACAGCAGUGCUGGGUUAACAGAGCGCAGGGGCCUGCCACGGCCACUAGAGAGCAGACUGCACAACAGCACCAGAGGAGCAGUUGGAAGUGGGGCAGGAAGAAACGUGGCACAGAGAAACAACGAAUUUUCUCACUUGUUAGAUCAGGACACAGAGCUGGAGAACAACAACAACAGCCUGCUGUGGCCUCUGAACCAGCUGCCAGAUUCGGACUCCUCCGGCCUGGACUACCUGCUCGCUCUGAGUCUGCAGAGCGACGGAGAUACAGAGGAGCCAGACGUUCAGCAGGGUUUGUGGACCGACGUCUGGGAUCGACGUUAUGGCAGAGCGCCUGCUCCAGGCACCUUCAGCUCCCAGAUCUCUUCUGGCAAUAAUAACAACACUCCAGUUAGCACUAACACGUCCUCUGAGAUCAUGCUCCCUUGUGAGUUCUGCGAAGAACUCUUUCCAGAAGAAGACCUCAUUUUACACCAGACCGGUUGCAGCCCUGCCUCUGCCAUCGCCUCGUUUAGCAAGCAGCCUUCGUCUCUGUACCCCGAAGAGCCUUUUCCUGACAACGACAUCAUCCCUCCUCGCACCCCGAGUCCACCCAACCUCCCCCAUUCAGUCUCCCCUCUUUCCUACAGCCCUCCGUCAAGCCCAAUAGCUGGUGAUGUGCUCAUUCCCUGUGAGUUCUGUGGAGUUACUCUGGAGGAAAAUGUCGUAUUUCACCACCAGGAUAAGUGUGACCUCCGUCCUGCCACGGCUUAUCGACCUGACGGAGCGUCGCCAUCUCCUUGGAAACCCAUCCAAUCAACCAAUGAGAGGUGUGAGAGGAGUUCUCUGGAGAGACACAGGAGAGUGAAACACCAGGCAGAUCCUGUUGCCGUCAUGCCAGAUCUUCACGGCUGGCAGAGCUGCAAGUUUCCUACGGACCCGCGGAAGCCGUCCGCCUUCAGAAGUCUUUCCAACUCCGGCAAGAACACCAAUGCAGAGCUGCAAGGAAAGAGCAGGGGUCCGAGCGGAAAAGACACAGAGACCCACUCAUCUCACUUAGAUCCUUUCAGCAGAAGCUACAGUUCCAGCAUUGCAGGGUCUUCUGGGACUCAAUCCCGAGACCAAGCAGAGGGUCGCCGCUGCCAAAAGAACACAGCGAUGUCAAAGGUGUCUAAGAAGCAGAACACAGAAAAAGAAAAGGAGGAAGAGUAGGAGGAAAAAGAGAUGGCUUCGAUUAACUCUUGUUGAGAUGCUGUGUGAUCGUGUGUGUGUGUGUGCAUACCUGUGUGUACUGUAUGUUUUUGUUGUCUGUGUCCAAAAAUGUUUUCUAGUAUCUUCUUCUAAACUACUUGCUUUUGUUGCACUACAUUUAAAGUGUCCUUUGGGAUUUGUUUUUCUCUUCCACGUCCCUGUAUGUACUGUAUGUUCUUUCAGUAUUUUUCUAUAUCUUUUAGCUCCUUUAAUAUUUUAAAGUCCAUCAGGACUUGAAGGAGGUUAUAGCUUUUUAUAUUUUCUUAAAAUAUCUGUGACAAUACAUUCACAUUAUGCUAAAUUCUGUUCUUUAUUUUGCAUUUUAUGUAUAACAAUACGUUCCAUUAUACAACGUCCAGGAUCAAUCCAAGCUGAGGCAAUCGACUUAUGUAAAGUUUUCAUAUUCUUUUGAAAAAUGCUGUAUAGGCAUAUAAUAAAAAAAAGCCUCCAUCCUA